AUGAAGCUAUCACUAUCUACAUUACUACGUUGGUUACUAAGUUUUGGGAUAGCAUUAGCAUUUCAAGAUGACUUGCUAAAAAAAUGCUCUCAAUCAGGAUUCUGUCAUAGAAACAGACAAUACGCUAAAAACAUCCAAGAAAGCAGGAACAGUCAUUAUAGUCUCGAUCAAGGCAGCUUGGAAUUUGAUACAAAUAAUCAUACUAUACAGGGUUUUAUUAUCAAGAGCAUAAAAGCUAACCAAAAAGAUAUCAAGAUACCUCUUCCUUUUACCUUGGAUUUAUUUGACGGCGAUAAAGUAAGAUUUAGGUUAGAUGAGCAUAGAAGCAUUAAACUAGGUAAAGCUGGUAUCAAUUUACAAAGGUACAAUGAGACUGAACAUUGGGCAUUUGAUCCGGACUACAUACCUAUCAGACAAGAGGUUAUUGCAAAGUCACCCACCUUUUGGAAUAAAAAGGACUUCACUUUCACGGCCGAUAGGUUCACAGUAACGUUGAGUUCUCAAGACUUCCAAAUAAACGUCAAAUAUGACUCGGCAGAUGUUCUAACGGUAAACAGCGAUAAUAUGCUAAAUUUUGAACAUUAUAGAACGUUAGAAGAAAAUUUCGAGAACAUCAACGAAGAAGAAGAGCCCUUCAACAUGUUUAAAGAUAGCUUUGCGGACUCAAAAUCUGAUUCAAUCCCGCUUGGUCCUGAAUCAGUAGCCUUAGACUUUAAGUUUCAUGGUAUAUCUAAUCUUUAUGGUAUCGCAGAACAUGCAGAUUCUUUGAGACUACGUGACACAUCAAACAUUGACCCUUAUCGUCUUUACAAUGUUGAUGUUUUUCAGUAUAAGUUGAAUUCCACAUUGCCUAUGUAUGGUUCUAUCCCCUUCGUUGUUGGGAUAAAAGAGUCACUGUCGAUCGGACUGUUUUGGAUGAACCCAUCUGAUACCUGGAUUGAUAUCCAAUACGGACACAGCGACUCUUCCACUCAUUGGAUGUCAGAAUCAGGUAUCAUUGAUUUCAUUGUAAUUGUUCAGGAAACACCAAAACUUGUUACAGAGUCAUAUGUUAAUAUUACAGGAAAACCAAUGCUUCCUUUACUUUCUUCAGUUGGAUACCACCAGUGUAGAUGGAAUUACAAUGAUGAAAAGGAUGUGCUCACCGUGGAUUCUCUGAUGGAUAAAUGGCAGAUACCCUACGACUUUUUAUGGUUAGAUUUAGAGUACACAGACCAGAAGCAAUAUUUUACCUGGAAGCCAGAUGCUUUUCCGAAUCCAACUAGAAUGCUCUCAAAAUUAGCUUUCUUAGGAAGGAAUUUGGUUACACUCAUUGAUCCGCAUAUAAAAUCAAACUAUCAUAUUAGCGAAGCCAUAAUAGCCGCUAAAGUAUAUGUGCGAAACGCUUUGAACAAACCGUUUUUUGGCCAAUGUUGGCCUGGGGAAUCCAUUUGGAUUGAUACUUUCAAUCCAUUAGCAAGCAAACUUUGGUCAAAAUUUGUACAAACUUUUAUUUCUACGCCAUCGAACCUCUAUAUAUGGAAUGAUAUGAACGAGCCUUCGAUAUUCGAUGGGCCGGAAACUACAGCCCCAAAGGAUCUUCUUCAUUAUAAUGGAUUCGAAGAAAGGUCAGUGCAUAACUUGUAUGGACUAACUGUUCACCAGGCCACCUAUGAUUCCUUUGUUGAUAUGAACCCGAACAAAAGACCGUUCGUCUUGACUAGAUCGUUCUUUUCUGGAUCGCAAAGAACCGCAGCUACAUGGACCGGUGACAAUGUAGCUAACUGGGAAUACUUGCAAUUGUCCAUACCGAUGGUAUUGAGUCAUAACAUUGUCGGAAUGCCUGCAACUGGAGCUGAUAUAGCUGGCUUUUUCGGAAACCCAGAUGACGAGCUAUUGAUCCGUUGGUAUCAGGCUGGUAUAUGGUAUCCAUUUUUCAGAGCCCACGCACAUAUAGACACCAGAAGACGAGAACCAUUUUUAUUGAACGAGCGAACAAGGUCAGUUGUAACUGAAUUUAUCAGACUCAGGUAUCAACUACUACCGACGCUAUACACAGCCUUUCACGAUUCACAUUCAAGAGGAAUUCCCAUUAUGAAUCCAAUGAUCUAUGAACAUCCAAAUGUGGCAAAUUUCUACGACAUUGAUGACCAAUUCUAUUUGGGUGAACAGGGCAUAUUGGUGAAGCCUGUCACUUCUGCUAAUACCAAAUCUAUCCCCAUCACAUUCCCUAGUGGAGUCUUCUAUGAUUUACAAAAUCUAGAAAUCGCACAUUUCGGAACUUUGGAAACUAAGACUGUUUCUGCACCAUUGGAGAAACUUCCAGCGUACAUAGCAGGCGGUCAUAUUAUCACCAGAAAAGAUCAAUAUCGUAGAUCAUCACGAUUGAUGCAAAAUGAUCCCUACACGCUCGUGAUAGCACCAACAGCAUAUGGUACUGCUAAAGGAAGGCUAUAUGUCGAUGAUGGGGAGACAUUUGCUUACAAACAAGGGAAACUUUUGGAGGUCGAGCUGGAAUAUAACAAAAACGUUAUAUAUGGGACAGUAUUACAUAAGGAUACUUCAUCUUUCUUCAAUGACAUUUCUAUUGAGAAAAUUGUUAUCGCUCAUCAUCCCGAUGGAAAAGUUGCGGAGACGUGUACUUUAGAGCUGGACGAUAUUAGAACAAAUAUCGAAGUUAUUCAUGAAGAUCACAGUCACGUUAUCAAGAACCCUGGUAUUCAAAUAGGACAGGACUGGAAAAUCAUUCUAUAG